AUGGUCGCUCCAUCGCCAAAAUGGGUUGCUGAACUGAACAAUGGUCUCCCCGCCAAACCGAAAAAUGCAAGCAGCAUCCCCGACCCGCCCGGUCUUUCUGCCGCGAAGUCGAUUACGGGGAAACAGGUUGGUCAUACCCAUAGUCUGAGGACGACGUGUACUGACCAGACAAAGAAAUCACAAGUCGCAGGCAGGAAAGUGCCAACUACAGAAGAGACCGAGACCUUGAAACUCAAGAAAGCGUGGGAGGUUGCCCUUGCGCCUGCGAAGCAGGUGCCGAUGCAGGCUAUCAUGGCAUAUAUGUCUGGCAAUUCGCUCCAAAUAUUCUCCAUCAUGAUGGUCUUCAUGCUUUUCAAGAAUCCCAUCCAAGCUAUCUCGCAGACCAACAUGGCCUUUUCCAGGUUCGAAAGCCCAGGCACUCGUUCGCAAAUGCUGGGAAUCAAGGCAGCUUACAUACUGAUGCAAUGCCUCCUACUUGGUCUGGGUGUCUACAAAGUGAACAGCAUGGGCUUAUUGCCGACAACGAGAAGUGACUGGUUGGCUUGGGAAUAUGAGAGACAGCCUCUGGAAAGAGCAUAUUUUGCAUUUGGUCAAUGA